AUGUUGAGCAAGUUGUUUCCCCGCAUCAAGGAAAAGUCUUUGGAGGAAGAGGUUAAAUCGCGAGAUGCCUUUAUCUACUUGGAUCGCUGUAUGUUGUUCAUGGGCUGGACAGAACCGAAUGACAAAAGAUGGAGGCUGCCGUACUUCCUGUGGUCAGUUUUUUUGGUGCGCGUUGAUUUAAUUUACAUGCCGUUCGCGAUGACCGUUGAGUACGUCAGGGGAUUCAAGAGUUUCUCGGCGGGCGAGUUUCUCAGUUCCUUUGAGAUCGGGGUAAACGUGUACGGAAGCUCGAUCAAGUGCUCUUGCAUCAUGCUUGGCUACAAGAAGAUGCAGAAGGCGAAGCGAUUGCUGGACCAACUGGACGAGAGUUGUGUUCAGGACGAGGAGAAGAUCACUGUGCGUCGCUAUGUGGCAUUGGCAAGCUUGUGUUACAUCAUAUAUCACAUUCUGUACUCAAGCUUCGUGGCAUUGAACUUUUUUUACUUUCUGACCAUAAGAAGCCACGCCUGGAGGAUGUACUAUCCUCUGGUCGACUCCGAUGAUAUGUUUUUUCUCUCAAGCAUCGCGGAGGGCAUUAUGAUGACGGUGUGCGUGACAAUGGAUCAGUGCUCGGAUGUGUGUCCUUUGAUGUACACGCUGAUGGCUCGAUGCCACAUAACCCUUCUCAAAAAACGGCUAAGGAAUCUGCGAUCGGUGUCCGAAAUGACCGAAGAUGAGCAUUUUGUGGAACUAACCAAUUGCAUCAAGCAACAUCGUUUGAUAUUGGACUAUUUCAAGGCUUCGGGCUCCGUAUUUUCGCGCACCGUUUUCGUGGAGUUCCUUUUGAUCGGCGUAGUCUUGGGCCUCUCGAUGAUCAACCUAAUGUUCUUUUCUACCCUUUGGACUGGAUUCGUCACUUGUCUGUUUAUGGUUGACGUGUGCAUGGAGACGUUCCCUUUUUGUUAUGUAUGCAACAUGAUUUUCGAUGAUUGCCAGGAACUCUCCGACUGCGUGUUUCAAUCAAAUUGGGUGUCCGCAGAGCCUCGGUAUAAGUCCACUAUGGUGCACUUUCUUCACAACCUACAACAGCCCGUUGUUCUUCUGGCUGGAGGAGUGUUCCCCAUUUGCUUGCAAACCAAUUUAUCUAUGGUGAAGUUGGCCUUCUCUGUGGUGACCAUCAUCAAGCAAUUCGACCUUGCUGCAAGGUUUCAAUGAAAGGCGG